AUGGCAGCAUCAUCUUCCAUGCAAUCAAUAUUCCUAGCUAAUAACUCGGUGGCUUAUGGAGCCGGAAAUAACAAAUCAGUUGGUCCAUUUUCAGUGCCUGCUCUGCAUAGGUACCCUAACAUGAGGGUACGCUCAAUGGUCAAGGAUGGUAAGAAGGAGCAACCAUCUACAGUAACAAAUGCAUCAAAAAAUCCACCACCAUCUAAUACACCUUUUCCUUCAAAGGUUAGCACAAAAAUUUCGGACUUGCUUGCAUUCAGUGGGCCAGCCCCGGAGAGAAUCAACGGCAGGCUUGCAAUGGUGGGGUUUGUUUCAGCCCUCGCAGUGGAGCUAUUCAAAGGACAGGAUGUGUUUGCCCAGAUAUCCGACGGUGGAUUCUCGUUGUUCGUUGGCACUAGUAUUUUGCUGUCAGUGGCAUCUUUGAUUCCUUUGUUUAAAGGCGUGAGCGUGGAGUCGAAAUCAGAUGGGAUAAUGACGUCCGAUGCUGAGUUGUUGAAUGGAAGGUUGGCCAUGUUAGGUCUGGUAGCUUUGGCCUUCACUGAAUAUGUGACGGGAGGGACUCUAGUUUAGGUCUCAAUCAUUUCCGGCCUUGUAAAAGUCUUCCACAUGUAUACUUAUUUAGUGCUUACAAAAGUUUAUAAGAAUUUCAUCGCAUUUUGAUACUUCUGAAUCUAAUCUACUUUUAAUUUAUUAGCAUAAAGAUAUGUCACCUCUCGAGGGCAAAUCAUGUACAAAAUUUUCCAAAGUUUUGAAGUAUAAAAGCUUUGGAGAGAAUGCUUUUGGGAUAA